AUGGUCUGCACAUCAGCCCUUACGGCCUUUGCGGCCUUGCUCAGCGGUGCAGCGGCAGCACCUUCUCUUGCAGCCCGGGCCGGCACGAUUGCUUCGCAAUGUACCAAUGUCCGCAUCACCAGUCAACGCUGGCUUGUCGGGGACUGCUUGACUGGUACCGGGUCGACCAGAAUCACAAGUGGGACGUACCUGCCAAACAAGAUUGGCAACGACGAUGGGAACUUGAAGUGGACGGAGAAUGGCGUUUACUAUGUAACCUGUGCUGAGUGCAAACUCGUGGAUGGCGGAUCGAGUCUCACUUGUCAAUGUCGACCAAAUUUUGGAGAGCGGAAAGAAACGACACUCAAGCUGGACGAACACAUCUCGGUUUACUCGGGGCAUCUUCUCUCCAACCUCAAAGGCGCCCCAGCGGUUCCCAAGGCCCCAUCCAGAUACCCCUUCCCAUCCAACUUCGCAUAUGGUCUAGGUGGCAAUGCUACAUGCGUGCCCGGCUCCGACCGCCCUGAUUGGUGCCAGAGCGUCGCCUACCAGUGCAGCAACCAGGAUAAAACCGACUUCUCCGAAACGGCGUCUAUUCGAUACGACUUCCCGCACGGCAGCUGCUUCCAGGCAUCGUACUGGUUCGACGACAAGUUCCAGUUCGACAAGGUCAAGAUUGCGACGGCCGAGGGGGCAUGGCAGUUGACGGGCUACACCGACUCUGCGUGCGGGCAAGAGGUGGUUCAGAUUUCGCCAGAGGAGCUUGGGAAGUGCAAGAGUACGCCGCAGCUGGCCAAGAGCUUCAAGGUAGUGCCUUUGUUCAAUGGCGAUCCCAACUGA